AAAUCACAGCAUCAGCAUCUGUUGUUUAAUUAAUUCUGUGGAAACCCUAAAAAGGGGAAAGAAAACCUUUGUAAGUGCUGGCCAUGUCUGGAGAAGGUUUCUUAUGGGAAAACCAAUCGUGGGCCCUAUCGAAUUCGGAUAAUUCAGGCGGAGGUGAAGGUAAAUCCAACGAAAGGGGUGACCAGCCGCUGGAGCCAGCUGAACCAAGAGAAGAAGGUAAGAAGAGAGAUCAAGGAGGGAGAAGAGGUGGCGGUGGAAGGAAUAGGAAGAGAAGUAGAGAUGAAGGGAAAGGAGGCGGCGGCGAUACGGAUCAUGAGAUGCAUAUAUGGACGGAAAGAGAAAGAAGGAAGAAGAUGAGGACCAUGUUUGCUAACCUUCAUGCUUUGCUUCCUCGGCUUCCUCCCAAGGCUGACAAAUCCACCAUUGUUGAUGAAGCAAUAAACUACAUCAAAACCCUAGAACAAACUCUCCAAAACCUCCAGAAACAGAAGCUAGAAAGGGUCCAAGAAGCCAUUGCUUUCAACUACGACGCAUCUCCCCAACAAAAUCGAGCUUCCGAUUCAAGGGAGGCAUUCUUAGCUGAUCAUCAUGGACCUUCAACCAGUUCUUCAAAUCUGCAUCUUACUGUUCCUAGGUUCCCAGUUGCAUUUCAGACAUGGACUUCCUCCAACGUUGUUGUCAACAUCUGUGGCAAUGAAGCACAGAUAAGCAUCUGCGCUCCAAAGAAGCCUUGCCUCUUCACCAAAAUCUGCCAUGUUUUGGAGAAGCACAAGAUCGAGGUGAUAUCUGCUCAUGUGUCGUCAACUCCAGCUGGUCGGCACAUGUAUAUGAUUCAAGCCCGAGGAAGUUGCGGAGGUUCGAAUCAUUUCCCAGAGGCAUUUCGUCAAAUGGAAGAGAUGUUCAAACAAGCUGCAGGGGAGAUAAUGUAUUGGGUUGAUUCUGCUUGAUCAUACAGGAAAUUUCAGCCCUAAUUAAUUUAAGAAUCAUCCAAGUUUGUGUAUAGGUUGAGGUGGGUUCAGUUGGUUAUUCUGAUUUCUGAACAUAUCCCUUUGUUUACAUAUAUACAAUAGGUUUUGAUUUGUUCCUGUGAGCAUCAAAAAAGGUGUUCAGAUUUG